CUGGACCAAGAGGAACCAGAGUCAGGACAGAUUAAAGAGGAGCAGGAGGAAAUCUGCACCAGUCAUGAGGGAGAACAGCUUGAAGUCAAGCAUGAGGCUGAUUCAUUAAUGUUGACUCCUGAUAAUGAGGAAAGUGACCACAUGGAACCAGAACCAGACAGUGACCAGCAGCUCCUCUCCCACGGCUCUCCUGUAGCUGAGAGUCCAGGUCACACAGGAAGUGACCACGUUGACUCUGUGUCUAAUAAAAAUGCAGAGGCAAAUCCACAGAAGAGAAGUGACGGAAACAAAGUAAACAACUGUCGCACAUCAAAGACAGGUAAAACUGUUAAAAAGACUUUAAAAUGUGACAUGUGUGGAAAAGGGUUUCCCUGUCAGUCUCGACUCAAUAUACAUAUGAGAGUUCACACCAGAGAGAAACCAUAUUCUUGCGAAACAUGUGGAAAACAUUUUGGACAAAGGGUGCAUUUGGCAGAACAUGAAAGAGCUCACAGAGGUGAGAAGCCGUUUUCCUGUAAAACGUGUGGAAAGUGUUUUGGACGAAACACACUUUUGACACGCCAUGAAAAAGUUCACACAGGUGAGAGGCCGUAUUCCUGUAAAACGUGUGGAAAGCGUUUUAAACUAAGAACGCAUUUGACAGUACAUGAAAGCGUUCACUCAGGUGAGAGGCCGUAUUCCUGUACAAUUUGUGGAAAGUGUUUUAGACAUCGUUCACAUUUGACACGGCAUCGAAGAGUUCACACAGAUGAGAGGCCGUAUUCCUGUGAAACGUGUGGAAAGUGUUUUAGACUCAGGCUAUGUUUGACCCAGCAUCAAGGAAUUCACACAGAUGAGAGACUGUAUUCCUGUAUAACGUGUGGAAAGUGUUUUAGAAAAAAUGCGCAUCUGACAUAUCAUGAAAGAAUUCACACAGGUGAGAGACCGUAUUCCUGUAAAACAUGUGGAAAGUGUUUUGGGCAGAGAUCAACUUUGACAGUACAUGAAAGAGUUCACUCAGGGGAGAGGCCUUAUUCCUGUACAAUUUGUGGAAAGUGUUUUGGGCGGAGAUCAACUUUGACAGUACAUGAAAGAGUUCACUCAGGUGAGAGGCCGUAUUCCUGCACAAUUUGUGGAAAGUGUUUUAGAAACCGUUCACAUUUGACACGGCAUCGGAGAGUUCACACAGGUGAGAGGCCUUAUUCCUGUAAAACGUGUCGAAAAUGUUUUAAACGGAGAUCAAAUUUAAUAGACCAUGAGAGUUAUUAUAAUAAUAAGCCAUUUUCCUGCAAAACAUGUGGAAAGUGUUUUGGGCGAAGUACGCUUGAAAUAGCAUGUAAGAAUACACGCAGUUGAGAAGCCUUUCUCCUGUAAAACGUGUGGAAAGUGUUUUACUCGUGCUUCGCUAUCGGAGCCAGAGUUAAGUUAGUUU